AUGGAGCGUCUUGCCAAACAGCUUGAAGUGCAACUCACGGACAUGACGCUAAAGAGUGACGAACAGGCUCGUAGCAUUCAGGAGCUAACCAUGUACAGAGGAAAACUGCAGGCUGAAAAUACCGAAUUAAACAGGCAACUGGAAGAUGCCGAGUCACAACUGAACUCUCUCACUCGUAUCAAGCAACAGCUUCAUGCUCAGGCUGAAGAAGCUCGGAAGCAAAUCGAACAGGAAACGAGGGAAAAGCAGGGACUACAGUUGCAGUUAUCCAAUUAUCAAUUGGAAUGUGAGCAACUACGGGAGAAUCUGGAAGAGGAGCAGGACACUAAGACAGAGCUGCAGCGCCUGAUCAGCAAAGCAAAUGCUGAAGCUCAGCAGUGGCGUGCGCGAUACGAGGGUGAGGGUAUGAGUAGAGCUGAAGAAUUGGAAGAAGCAAGACGGAAGCUGGCCAACAAAGCAAAUGCGAUAGCGAGCUCACUGGAGAAGAAACAGAAAGGCUUCGAUAAAGUUAUCGACGAGUGGCGGCGAAAGUGUGAAGCGCUUGUUCAAGAGGUUGAAUCCAGUCAACGUGACACACGCGCAGCAGCGACAGAAGCGAUGCGACUCCGCAAUCAGCUUGAAGAAGCCUCUGAGCAGGUCGAGGCUAUUCGACGUGAGAACAAGUCACUUGCACAGGAACUAAAAGACAUUACCGAUCAACUUGGUGAAGGUGGCAAGAGCGUGCACGACCUUCAGAAGGCUAGAAGACGUCUGGAGCUUGAGAAAGAAGAACUGCGGCAAGCUCUUGAUGAAUCUGAAGCCGCACUGGAAGCAGAGGAAUCUAAGUUCCUUCGGGCGCAAGUGGAGGUGUCGCAGAUCCGAUCUGAAAUAGAAAAACGUCUUCAAGAG